AUGUGUUCCUGGGCACUCCUGUUGUCCCCCAGUUUGUCUGCUGCUCCUCUAACUGACGCUGACCUGGAAGAGCUGGAGGCUGUCAGUUCUUGGGUAAUUGUCCACAGUUCUCCAUGCAGUGUCACCUGUGGCCUGGGUCUACGUACCCAGCAGCUGUGCCCUGUCAAUGACAAAAUAAACAGUGCGACCUCUGGGUGUCGUCUGAGGAAAGUCCGUUGUACAGACACCUGGCAGUGUGGUUUGGAAACCUUAACGGUGUCUGCUGGAGAACACUUGGAGUUGGACUGUUUAGGGGAAGUUAUGGAAGCCAUGGGCCGUUUUGCCUUCAUCGUGUCGUGGCGUUAUGCCCGUGGCAUUGUUACCACCAAUAACGCACUGUUUAGCCGUUGGAAACACCCGGACCUGGCCCGGAUCGUGCUGAAUCCCCUCAGAGAGCAGGAUGCUGGGACGUAUCGCUGUGAUGUGAAAGACACAACCUAUCGGAGGGUUAAAAGAGUCUACAAAGGGGUGAAAGUCCUGUCACCACAGGUGCUGAGUUUGAACUUCGAUGAGGCGCUCUUCCAUUGGGAGAAACCCGGGAACAUGUCAAACAUGACCCCACUGUCACGGCAACCGUAUCCGAGCAACACCCUCAGAAAUAUGAUGCUGCUCAGUCUGUGCAUAUCAGUCACCAUGGCAAUGCUUGUCUUCCUUGCCCUAUACUGCUUGUUUUACUGGAAGAGACCAGAAAAGUUGUGUGGAACAAACUGUACAUGA